AUGUGAUACCAGUUGAUUUAUAACAUGCGGGAGAAACAUAUCAAAGAUGAUUGGCGCCAGUAGCUUAUUAUAUGCAGAAACAAUGGGAUGCAGAACAGUCGUAAAUUCACAUUUAGAAUAUGUCAAAGGUAUUUGGCAGGCUGAAUGAUGACUAGACUAGAGCAUCUACAGUUAUCUCUCUGAACAAACUAGAUCUCAUACGAAAUACUCAACACACAUACAUUAAGCACCAGUUAAUAUCUUGAGAAUCAUCAGAUUUACACCUGUCAGCAUUACGGAUAUUACAGGCAUCGUAACAAUGAGAGACGAAUGAUAUUAUAAGUUUAUUGGCGGAAGUUUCGAUAAAUCAUUACGAUGGGAGGAAAUAGUAGUUGUCCCCUCCCUCAGUACAGUUGCUGUAUCCCGCACAAAAAUCCAAAUUUUUGUCGGGAAAAUCGGCUAAGUACACCAAAGAUUAAAAACCACAAGCGUAAUAUGAGCGCAACUUUUAAUUUGACAGCAUUCGAGGCAAAUGAUACAUUAGAUCCAGAGUUGAUGAAUAUUAACACGGCUUCUGAAGAACAGCUAAUGACCUUGCCUGGAAUAAACCGCAGUACAGCGCACAAUAUUAUAGACUAUAGACGUCAGAUCGGGGGUUUCAAGAAAGUUGAAGAUCUGGCCUUGGUCUCGGGAGUCGGCGCAACAAAGUUGACGAUGAUACGUUUUGAGAUUUGUGUCGGGAAUAAGAAGACGUCAAGAGGAAGUACCCCUCGAGACAGCAACCCUGAUCUUACCAUAGUCGAGGAGAGCAGACCUGCCUCCAGGAUUCGAUCAGCAAUGUUUAAUAAGAUUAAUGUAAAUACCUCAAAUGUCUUCCAGUUGAUGAAGGUCAAAGGAAUAGGUCAAAAUAUUGCAGAGAAUAUCGUAGACUAUAGAGAAAGGAAGGGUCAAUUUCGUAGUAUUGAUGAACUCGUAAAAGUAAAGGGCAUUGGCCACGCCUUGUUAAGUGCAAUUCGAACUCAAGUGUGUAUUAGCCAUCAAAAUACCACUCCUUCACAUGGUAACCAUAGUAACGGUAUUCUACCAAAUUCUAGUCAUAGCAUCAGUAACACUCUCAACAGACCACGCACAAAUGAUACAUCAAAAUCAAGCAAUGAUGAUAUUGCCAAUAGAGAUGCUACUGAAAGACUCACAGCCUCAGAACAGGAUAUUAUAACCCUAUUUAGGCCAGUCUAUGAGACCAUACCCAAACGAAUGAACAAAAAUAGUAGUUCAGUUAAAUAUAAACGCAAUAAUAAAACAGUUAUCCGACUAGCCACGUGGAACAUAGAGAGAUGCGGUCUUGAUAAGAUAACAAACCCAGGGGUGCUUGAAACCAUAUGUCUAACCAUACUGGAGAAUGGAUUAUCUCUGAUUGCAUUUCAAGAACUUGCUCAUAGAGAGAUUCUGGAAAGGAUAUGUAAGGAGUUGAAUGAUCCUGUUCUACCAAAUGUGCGUCGGUGGCGAGGUCACAAAGGUCAAUGGGAAAGUAAGACGUCUGGGGUCUGUGGAAGAAUGUUCCAGGCGGUCGAAUACAAUGGAUUUAUCUACGAUACCUCACAGGAGAUUGAUAUUACCCAGGAUUCCAUGCUGGAACAAAAUGGUCACAGGCGGUUUUCACGCUCACCUUAUUUGACUUAUAUAAAGGCUGGCUCAUUGGACUUUAUUGCCGUUAGUGUACAUCUGAAAGCUACCGGACUACAAAACCAGGACCUGUCGAUGCUCAAAGAGGAAAUUGGCAGUAUUGAUGAUGUCGUAGUUGCCUUACAGGAGCGGUUGCCUGGAGAGAAGGAUUUGGUCAUCCUUGGUGACUUCAAUCUCCCUGCAGAUGCAGCAGACUUCAAUGUGUUGAGAAAUGAAGGAUAUUCAAGUGCAAUUCAGGCCUCCGAUUACACCAAUAUAUCAAGGUCCAAUCCUGAUGGCUCCAGAAAUUAUGACAAUAUUUGGUCAAGCUAUCAAAUGAGAUCAAUGCAUACAGGUCACAGUGGUACUAUACGUCAUGGUCUCUCACAUCCCUUAAUUCCUGAUAACUGGACUUGGGGAGGACUCGUCAGUGAUCAUGUCCCUGUGUGGACUGAGCUUUAUACAAACGUUGACCUUGACUCAGGCAUAGAUGAUGCUAUAGAAGGAUUAGAGGGCAUAACACUUACCACUCCACGAGAGAGCCAAUUAUAAAUGAAAUCAGCAGUAGGGGUUGCAAUGUACAACACAAUCACGAUGGUUAAAUUGCUAGAAAUAUCUGGAAAAUGAAAAUCUUACUGCGUUGGAACUAGGAAGUGGAAGGGAGAAUUUGACAACUCCCAUCAAGUUACUUCACCAUUUUCCUAGGUUUUUUGUAUUAUUUAAUUUAGCCAUCAUGAUAUGUCUGUGCAUGCACAAGAUCAAAAUGGCCAAAAUGUGCUCUUGGUCAAAUGAUGAAACCUUAAAGCCUUUUGUAUGAAACAGUGAAAGUUUGUGAAUGACAUUUGAAAGAUGAGAAGGGUCACUUGAAUGGCUCAUAUGUAGGUGAAUUUGAAUUGAAUUGAUGCAGUCAUGAGGAUCACAUGGUAAAUUGUAUUAUUUGUGGAUCACUCUACUUAAGGAUCCUCGGAAGAAGUGUAUGGGUUAGUGGUAUUAUAAAUAUAAAUGGUGCUCAAUGUUAUCUGAUAUUACAAAAAAAAAAUGAAAAUACUUCUUGCAUCUCUAUGACCCAUGUAAUGGAAAUCUGAUUGGGGGCACAAGAGGUUGAUGAAAGACAAUUACAAAUGGGAGAGGAAACAUCCUAGCAAUGUCUGGACACACAAAUCUCACUCUCCAUUGCAGGACAUUGAGAAUCAGAAGUUCCUUCACUUUGACACUGCGAUGGAGAAUGAGAUUGAGUCUAGGGACAUAAGUAACACAGUUCACAAGAUUCUAGGACUGCAAUAUAUUGUAUUGUGAAUGUAUACAUGUCAAAGUGUUUAUAGUUGAUUUGAUAAAAUUGAGGGAUUGUUCUUUCUCAUCAUUUGAAAGGCAGUCUCACUUAAUUCCAUAGUUAUGGGCAUUUUGACAACUGUUUGUAAUGCCUCUGUAUCUUCAAAGCGUUUUACCACCUUAUUCUUCCUUUGCUACAUGCGGGGCAGUGUCAAAAUCUGCGAAAGUUAUUUAACAUAGAAUUAGACCCCUUCCCAUAUCUAUUAAAUCCCUUGGGUAGUGAAAUGGAAAAUAUGAAUUUAAUUAAAUUUCUAUGAUUUUAGUUAGAUUUUUAUCGCUUUACCUGCUAAUAUGUUAGAUUGAAUUAUCAAAUGGCCAUGUGACUUGAUCUGACUAAUCACAGUUUGUCAUUAUAAUUUGAGAUGUGAUAAAUUAUUUUUGCAUAUUGAACAUUUUGAGUGUUGUAUGCUCAUUUAAGAAUUAAAGAAAAUGCUCUCUUGCCAAUGUUAUUUUUGUCCCUGUUUGUAAUAUGGUGUUGAGUCCAUUGAAUUUUGGAGAGUUAGUAAAAUAGAUUAUAUGGGAGAGAAGUGUUUGUAUUAUAUUACAAGUAAAUGGUUCAUGUAUCAGGUUCGCAGUCAGAGAGAGUUGGGGGUUCAAGCCAACCAAAAAUUCAUUCAAAAUCAUGCAGUUUUCAACAUUCUGAGCACU